AAAGGUGUGGGGGAAUGAAUUACACGUGUUGGCCCCUCCUCCUCCUGCAGCGGUGCGCCACUGAGUUGAAGCGCAACAGCCCGGAUAGUGGAGCGACCGCUUCACUGCUCCACUUUGGUGAGUUCGAUGACAGGACUUCUGGAGCAGUCGAUGCGUGCGUUUGGAGUGCAUUGCUGGUAAAGACAAGGGGAUCUAGUCUCGACCCGAGGUUCCUCCUCUGUCAGUUGGAUCAAUAUGAAACUUUUGAUUUGUGUGGUAACAGUCACCUUGGCGCUGAGAUCUACGCACGGAGGCACAGAGUUUGACGAGCCAUGCGCAGGCCUGGACUGCAGCAGAGGAUGCAGGUGCAACCCUGAGAAAGGCAGCAGGGGACGUCCGGGGCUUCUCGGCGAAGCUGGUCAGAGCGGACCAGAAGGGCCACGUGGGAGCCCAGGGCCUCCAGGGCCUAAAGGAGAGAAGGGCCACUUUGGACUUAAAGGACCAUCUGGUGUCAAAGGAGACAAAGGACCGAUGGGAGUGCCAGGGUUCCCAGGAAAUGAUGGAGUACCUGGUCAUCCCGGUCAGCAGGGUGGCAGAGGCUUACCAGGACUAGACGGUUGUAAUGGGACCAGAGGUGAUCCUGGAGUACCAGGCUUUGGGAGAGGUGCACCUGGGUCCCCUGGGCGUACUGGGCCUACUGGGCCAAAGGGUCGGAAAGGAGAACCUCAAUACAUCACAGUUAAUGACAUCAAGGGUUCACCAGGUUUUCCAGGAGCGGACGGUAAACCUGGUAUCAGAGGUCCUGGCGGUCCCUAUGGUUUGGCUGGUCCAAGAGGACCUGACGGCUUCCCUGGUCCACCUGGUCCUCCCGGCCCCCCGGGGCCCAUGGGGUCCCGCAGUGAUGGACAUCAAGGAGAGAAAGGAACCAAGGGUGACGUGGGUCUUCCCGGACCUAGUGGAUCUCCGGGCGACGAGUCAAGAGGCGGGCAAACCCUCAUUAUCAACAAGGGAGAUAAGGGUGAACCUGGCCCAAAAGGAUUCCGAGGAUUCCCCGGCAAUCCUGGCCCACCUGGACCUUUUGCCUAUCGUGGUGAAACUGGAGAGAAGGGCAUCCCUGGAUACCCCGGGCCAAGAGGCCCUCCUGGUUUUAACGGACCUCCUGGCAUUCCAGGACAAACGGGAUACAGAGGUAAUCCAGGCUUCAUUGGGCAACCAGGAUACAUAGGACCCAAGGGAGACCAGGGAGACCCCGGACCCCCAGGACCUCCUUCUUACACUAAUGACAACGGCAAUUCUGUUCAAGGCCCACCAGGGGAACCAGGUCUUGAUGGCCUGCCCGGUGCCCGUGGUGACCAGGGAGCUCCAGGGUUCCCGGGAGCACAAGGCCCACCUGGAUUACCAUCUGUAUAUGAAGGCCGUCCAGGUCCCCAGGGUUUUCCUGGGGGCCCAGGCCCAAAGGGGGAGAAAGGCAGGCCGGGCAUACAAGGCUAUGGCACUGCAGGAAUCCCAGGCUUCCGUGGACUCCCCGGACCUCCUGGCCCUGCUGGACCUCGUGGACCUCCGGGUCGUGGGCCGGUUGAACCCUGCUUCACCUAUCCUACAGAUACGCCUGCUAAUGGAGGGCCUGGGCCUCCUGGGCCUCCUGGGCCUCCUGGUCCUGUAGGACCGCCAGGUGAAAGAGGAUGCAAAGGUGAUCCUGGAGAUUGUGCCUGCCUAGGAGGCAUCGGGUUGCCUGGGUUACCUGGACCACCUGGAGACAACGGCACCCCCGGCUUCCCUGGGCGAAGGGGUGAGCCUGGUGACCUCGGUUCACCCGGCUUUAAUGGUAUACAGGGACCUCCUGGUCGACGUGGUGAAACAGGUUUCUUUGGUCGUAAGGGAGAGAAGGGGGAACCUUACUACCCCGACCUGGAUUUAGGGGUGAAAGGAGAGCUUGGAGCUCCUGGACCAAGAGGACCUACUGGUGAAACUGGAAAACCUGGCAGAAGUGGAUUCCCUGGGUUCCCUGGAGGCCCUGGACCCCCUGGUGAUGCUGUCUUUGGCACAGUUGGAGAGAAAGGUUUUCCAGGGUUUCAAGGGCCUCGGGGUCGUCCCGGCGGCCCUGGGGAGCCCGGUAUUGGCUACAUUGGUGCCCCUGGCUUACGCGGAGAGCCGGGAUAUCCUGGUAUACCCGGGUUGCGAGGGCCACCCGGGUUGCGAGGGCCACCUGGUUCAUCUGGACCAAAUGGUGAAAACAGCUGUGGAGGGGUUAAUGACGUCGGAGAGGGAACGGGCAUGCUGGAACCUUGCACCACAUCUGGUGACGAUGGAGAGCCCGGAGUGCCCGGUUUUCCCGGACGACCAGGCCCUAAAGGUCAGCCAGGUUUACCAGGAAACCUUGGACGUCAAGGGUUUGACGGUGCCAAAGGAGAGAGAGGAGACCCUGGUUUUGGAGGCCAGCCUGGACCAACAGGUUUCCCCGGACCCAGAGGAGAUCCUGGACCUCCAGGUAUCCCAGGACAGAGUUUUGAGGGACCCAGGGGGAAGGAUGGUAUUCCAGGCCGUCCUGGAGCCAAAGGCCAGCCUGGAGAGGUAGUGGGAGCCACAGCUGGACCUCCAGGACAGGAUGGCUCACCAGGAAUAUCUGGAGACAAGGGCCAGCCCGGAAUACCAGGGGGGCCUGGAUCACCUGGGUUUGACGGGCGUUCUGGUAUUCCUGGACUGAGGGGGGAGAGUGGAGUAGAUGGUCUUCCUGGUAUUCCUGGCCCUCCUGGACCUCCAGGUGUGGUGAUCAAUGGCAUUCGUGGUAGACCUGGAGCUCCUGGCGAGAUGGGACCAAGAGGACACCCAGGCUGCCAAGCAGGUCCCCCAGGGCGAAAGGGAGACAGAGGAGACUCAGGUUUCCCAGGGCCUGCUGGGAUGAAGGGAACCCCAGGACUGCCCGGCUUCCCUGGUGAACCAGGGCUGAGGGGACCCCCCGGGCCUGCAGGACUAGGAGCUAGAGAGGGCUACCCGGGAGCACCAGGAAAAAAGGGUGAGAGAGGUUUACCAGGAAUAACAGGUUUCCAAGGACCACCAGGGCGUGGUGGUAGUCCGGGAUUUCCAGGAAGGAAAGGGCUGCCUGGGGGGCCUGGAGGAGAUGGAAGCCCUGGCAGACCUGGAUCCUCUGGCAAGAAAGGUGAUAGAGGAUACCCUGGUCCUCCUGGUCCACCUUCUCCUUUUAUACCAGAGGAGAAAGGAGACCCCGGAAAUCCUGGAAGCAUUGGCGUUACUGGCUUCACUGGACCUAGAGGUGACAAGGGUCUGCCAGGUCUGCCCGGUGGUCAGGGUCUACCUGGACUUCCUGGUUUCGCUGGGCAGAGUAAAGGCCAGCCAGGACAGCCUGGAUUCCCUGGGCAACCAGGAAGCCAAGGCUUCCCCGGACCAAAGGGAGAAGCUGGAAUCAGGGGAUUCCCCGGCAUGGCUGGGGCAAGGGGUGACGAUGGUGCACCUGGUUUCCCUGGCAACCCUGGAGAAUCUGGCUUACCUGGUACCAAAGGGCAACUCGGAGAAACUUUUGCUUAUCCUGGACUUCCAGGAGCCAAAGGUCAGCCAGGAUGUCCAGGCGUCCAAGGUGGUCCUGGCAACAAUGGUGCCCCUGGUGACAAUGGCUUUCAAGGAAGUCCAGGUUUCUCUGGAUUGAAGGGAGCUCCUGGUGAAAUAGGACGGCCAGGAAUAAUGGGCUCCCCUGGUUUUCCUGGGCCAAAGGGCCAGUCUGGCUUUCCUGGAAUAAGAGGAAAGGAUGGGUUUCCUGGUCAACCUGGAGGUCCUGGAGGUCCUGGAAUGAAAGGUUUGCCUGGAUCCCCUGGUUUACAUGGACUUAAUGGACUUGCUGGAGCGAAAGGCCUUCCUGGAACCCCAGGUGCAAGUGUCAGAGGUCGCCCUGGUGAUCCUGGUAUUCAAGGUUUGAAAGGAGAGAGAGGCGUCUCCUACCCAGGAGAACUAGGUCUCCCCGGACAGAAGGGACCGAGGGGAGAACCAGGUGGUCCAGGACUUCCGGGGUUCCCUGGUCGGUCCGGACUUCCUGGAAAACCAGGGCGGACGGAUAGUCCUGGACCUAUGGGAGACCCUGGCUUCCCUGGACUGGAUGGAGAGUAUGGUUUCCGAGGCCCUCCAGGUCCUCCGGGACCACCUGGCCCAGGUACACUCCAAGGAGACAGGGGUGACUCUGGGCUCCCUGGCUUCCCCGGCUCUCCUGGCAAGAAAGGAGAUUCAGGAGUCCCUGGAGGUCCUGGACUCCCUGGCAGCCCUGGUUUUAAAGGAGAACAAGGUGAGCCUGGUUUCAGUGGAGGUCCUGGUCUCAAGGGUUUCUCCGGUGACACUGGUUACUAUGGAAACAAAGGAGUAAAAGGAAGUCAAGGCAAAAUUGGACCUAAGGGUCCACCUGGAGAACCACCACCACCAGCACCCCCUAAAAUUAUUGGGGACCAGGGUUUCCCUGGUGAAAGUGGCGCCCGUGGUGGCAUUGGAGACUUUGGUCAGCCUGGACUGCCUGGACGUCCAGGUCCCAAAGGUAGUCUUGGUUCUGUGGGUAAACUGGGCAGGACUGGACCUACUGGUCCACCUGGACUCGUCGGUGACCCUGGACUCCCUGGUUUCCCUGGCUUGACUGGAGAACAAGGUUCCCCUGGUGCAGUUGGUCCCCGCGGCCUUCCUGGCACUGUUGGCCGCAGUUACAGCAUCGGCUACACUCUGGUGAAGCACAGCCAGAGCUGCCAGGUUCCCAUGUGUCCUCAGGGCAUGGCCAAACUGUGGGACGGGUACAGUCUGCUGUACGUUGAGGGACAGGAGAAGGCACACAACCAGGACCUCGGUCAGCCAGGCUCAUGUCUGCCUAGGUUUAGCACCAUCCCCUUCCUCUACUGCUCCCCUAAUGAGAUCUGCUACUACGCCAGUCGAAAUGACAAAUCCUACUGGCUCUCCACAACCGAACCCAUACCCAUGAUGCCCGUGACCGAUGAGGAGAUACGGUCUUAUAUAAGCAGGUGUUCAGUAUGUGAGGCUCCAUCUCAGGCUGUGGCCGUCCACAGUCAGGACACGAGCAUGCCGGACUGCCCAUCCGGCUGGAGGAGUCUCUGGAUAGGUUACUCCUUCCUUAUGCACACGGCGGCCGGCGCUGAGGGCGGCGGACAGUCCCUGGUGUCCCCCGGCUCCUGCCUGGAGGAUUUCCGUGCGACACCAUUCAUCGAGUGCAACGGGGCCAAGGGUACCUGCCACUACUUUGCCAAUAAGUACAGCUUCUGGCUGACCACUGUGGAUCCCAGGCAUGAGUUUUCACCAGUGAUGCAGACCCUGAAGGGAGUCGAUAAGCGCUCCAAAGUCAGCCGCUGCCAAGUGUGCAGCAAGGUCUUGUAGUACGAGAUGAAGGGUGGAGGGGGGAAACAUCAGGAGGCGAUACACUAAGGAAGGACAGAGAAGUGUUGACAGAAAAUGAGGUGAUUUAUAAUGAAAUUCAUAAAAAAAGAACACACGGCUGACUGAAAACGAGCCCUCUUCUGCUUCACGGAUGGUUUCAGAAUUGAGUCGAACAACAUCGGCCUCGUUUUCAGAGUUAAAAAUCUCCUUUAGGAAUGAAUGGCCUAAUUAAAAGAAGAUUCAGAGGGAGGAAAUUGAAAGAGAAGGGUUCCAGUGUGAUUUCCCUUCUCUAGAUUAUCACUGACAGUGGUGCUAUUGUUUAUGUUCUUUGUCUUUAUUUUGUGUGUUUUCUUGUUACAGUUUUGGCACGAAUCAUUCUCGGCUACGUCGAGCAGUGCCACCCCUCCGUGUAGCACUGCACCGCUUACACAUCUGGGCGGCCUUUCAGAUAAACAUUAGUUGAAUCCCAGAUCUGAACAGUGUUGUUUUUACAUUCUGACCUGAUCUAACUGAAGCAGAUGGUCACCUCUCCUAGUCCUGGUUCAAACACAUAGAUAUAUAAAAUAGUGAAGCGGUUGCCAUAAAACUUGUCUUCUGUUGUGUUGCCCUACAAUCACUGUAACUACAGUUAUUCCACAGAUUAUGUUUAAUGUACAAAAUGCAGUCAAGAGGAAAAAAAAUGAAAAAGAGUUCAACCCAUUUUAACUGAAUUUAACUUAACAAGAAUUACCGCUUCACAGCUGUCAAAUUCACAGGUAUGGGACAGAAGUGAGGUCACUGACCUUUGACCUUUGAUCACCAUAAUCUAAUCAGUUCAUCCUUGAGUCCAAGUGGACGUUUGUGCCAAAUUUUAAGAAACUCUUUCAAGUUGUUCCUGACAUACUGUACGGACAGCCAACCUGAAAACCUGAUGCCUCUCUGUCUGUGGCUUUUGCCGGCACACUGGCAUAAAAAUACAUAAAGAAUAGAAACUGAGAAUGUCAAAGACAAUAAAUACAAUACUAUUAAGCCACGUAAAUUACUGCACAUCUUAUCUAAAGGAAGUAGUUAAUAUUGUACUCAAUACUCAUUGAGGCAACUUUUUAAAGACAAAAUCAAAUUUUCCAAUAUCCAAUCUCAUUAUUUGUCUUCUCAGUUAAUUUCCAUGAAAACAUAAUGUAUCGGCUGGCAACAUUUUCAGGUGCAAGUUACAAUUCUCUAGGAUUUUAUUCUAGUAGCCUACAGAAAGGAUUGUUAACUGAUUGCUGUCUGGAAUUAAUUAAAUCUGUCACUUAAAGUAUGAUGUGCAUAUUUGCCCUUGGAAAUAGUAUUUUGAUAAAAUAGUCUUAACUCAAGGUUGUGUUCCAGAGCCGUGAUAGGUUUUCUCAGGAAACGCCAUCAAAAGACGAAACCUAACUUUUGAAAAUGUUCUAUAUGAUCCAUGCAUGAUUUGGUUUUUGUGCAAAACCUGCAAAACAACCAGCACCAGCUGUGCCUUUGUUGUAUACAAGUGAUCUUUGUACGUGUCACAGUGAGACUGUUAAAAGACAGACAACGUGACAUUUUGAGAGGCAACAUUUAGCAAUACAUUCUUAUUAAGUUGUGCAUGUAAUAAAAAAAAGCACUUUUUCCCUCAAAGUUGCUUAAAACAAAACCUCUGCAACAGUUAACUCCAGUAAUGAAUGACUUGAAUGAGCCACCCAUUUAUAUAUAUAUAUUGCACUGAUGUGAACUCAUAUGGGUUACAACAAAAAAGCGAGUCAAGUAAAGGAGCAUACAUCUCCACUUUCACAGGCUUUCACACAGACUUUCAUUGUUUUGCUAUGACCAAACCAGUGGUUUUAAUUUUUUUUAAAUCACAUUGAAUCCUUCAUUCACCCAAAAUUUGCAACAGGAAACAAAACACACACUCUCUGAUAGGUUGUUAAUUAUUGCUGUACAUAGUGCUUAUUGUCUUUCCAGUCAAACUAGGUUAGAGCAAAGGUCUUUGUUUUAUUUUGAUUUUCUUUUCAAUCUUUAUGUUCUUUCACACAGAACAUGGAAAAGGUUUCUGCCUUUAAAUGUAGAUUUCACAGUUAUCAAUAUGACUGAUAAAUACUGAUUUGCAAAAAUAUACAAAGACACAUAAGAUCAGAGUUUAUCAUUUAUUUUACCUUAGUUUUUUUCAGUGUAAAUUAAAGUUCUCAACUGAGUGGAAAAGCCUAAUAUGAGUCGUUUCUCCUCUUGGACAGUCCUAGCUCCUGGGUAAGGUAACCACUAGGACCACUAUAGCUCUGUCUCUCCCUGUAGCCCUACUUUUAUUGCUUCUGCUAUGUCACAUUGUACUUGUUCUUUAUUUUAUUGUCCCCUUUUUUGUCUACAUUUGUUGAUUUGUAAUCUAAACUAAUUAUUUUUCUUUAAGUUGUGAUAGAGUCCCGUGGUAUUAUUUGCUAUAAUUGGAAGGAAUUGGAAGAUAAUGAUGUGUACAUUAAAUAUCAUGGGGAAAGUGUUUAGGAUGUUUGUAUAUGGAAAAUAUAUUCACUACUUAUGAUUUAACAAGCAUAAAGAGUCAUUUUAUUGUUUGUUUGGACUUUACCCUAUGUUCAAAUCCCAGUUUUAUGCAGCCACAUAUUGUACAUGCCUGAAAAGACAGAAAAGGUUUUUCCUCAAAGAGGAUCUAUAAUAGCAUGCCUGUUACAAUAAUGUGUAUUUUUAUGCUCACAAAUGUUGAAAUAAAAUUUCAAAACCAAAUAAGAAAUUAGGAAUUAUACUUUAUAAGGCUCUGGUAUUGGCAAUAGUUACAGGAGGUGUAUUUGUGGCAAAAAAUUCCACCAAGGUUAAAGACUGAAAUCUUUGACUUAGGAGUUAAAUUCUCAUCAUAAUAGAGGUGUUGUCUACAAAGGAUUUUUAACAUGAAAUGAAUUUCAUAUCACAGAAAUGUGCUGCUAUUUACUAACAAGACAAUAAACAUUCAGA